GAAAAAAAAUGACAUUUAAUUAAUGACAGUACUUCUGUCAUUUGGACUCGAUAAAUUCGGCAAUAUUUAGUAAGAUGCUGCGCCAGCCGCUUACAAGGGCGCUUGCGUUGAGCUCUCCCAGCCGGGUAGCCCCGCUGGCAGCGCGACAGUAUGCUGCUCAAGUACAGGCCCAACCAGAGAAGGUCGAAGUCUUUAUAGAUGACAAACCAGUUUACGUUCCACCUGGCACUACUGUUUUGCAGGCUGCAGCCAUGGUUGGAGUUGAGAUACCUCGAUUCUGUUACCACGAGAGAUUGGCAGUUGCAGGCAACUGUCGUAUGUGUUUAGUUGAAGUAGAAAAAUCGCCGAAGCCAGUAGCUGCUUGCGCCAUGCCUGUCAUGAAGGGCAUGAGAGUAAAAACUACUUCAGAUCUCACUAAGAAGGCUAGAGAGGGUGUUAUGGAGUUCUUACUGGUGAAUCAUCCUCUAGAUUGCCCUAUCUGUGAUCAAGGUGGUGAAUGUGAUCUGCAGGAUCAAUCCAUGGCAUUCGGGUCAGAUAAGAGCCGAUUCACUGACAUACACUUCUCUGGAAAGAGGGCAGUGGAAGACAAAGAUGUGGGUCCACUGAUCAAGACAAUCAUGACUCGUUGCAUUCACUGCACUCGUUGCAUCCGUUUUGCCUCGGAAGUGGCUGGUGUCGAUGAUUUUGGUACUACUGGCAGGGGUACUGAUAUGCAGGUUGGAACAUAUGUAGAGAAGAUGUUCCUUUCGGAGUUGUCCGGAAACAUUAUUGACCUGUGUCCCGUUGGUGCAUUGACAUCUAAACCUUACAGCUUCGCCGCUCGCCCCUGGGAGACUCGACGAAUUGACUCUGUAGAUGUGUUGGACCCACUGGGUAGCAACAUUGUAGUCGCGACACGAACCAACGAAGUUUUACGUAUCUUGCCCAGGACUAACGAGGAGAUCAACGAAGAGUGGCUAUCCGACAAAUCUCGCUUUGCGUGCGACGGCCUCAAGCGGCAGAGACUCGUGUCACCAAUGAUAGCUGAUAGCCGCGGAAACUUGACCCCUGUGGAAUGGGAAGACGCUAUUGUGGCCGCUGCUCAGGCUAUCAGGGACUGUCCACCGGAGAAGUUGGUGGGCGUAGCCGGUGAACUAGCUGAUGCCGAAUCAUUAGUAGCCCUGAAAGAUCUUCUAAACAGGCUCGGCAGUGAGAAUGUAUGUACAGAGAAAAGCUUCCCGUUGGAUGGAUCUGGUACCGAUCUGCGGUCUUCGUACCUGCUGAACACUAAGAUUGCAAACGUGGAAGACGCAGAUUUCGUGCUACUAAUCGGUACGAACGUGCGUUUCGAAGCGCCGCUGUUGAACGCACGCAUCCGCAAGGCGUUCGUGCACAAGGAGACUGAUGUAGCGAUGGUGGGGCCCAAGGUCGACCUCACUUAUGAGUAUAUGCACGUCGGCGACUCAGCGUCCAUAGUAAAGGAUCUAGCGACCGGUUCUUCCAACCAUGAAGUCCAGCGUCGUCUGGAAUCUGCCAAGCGACCAGUGGUCAUACUUGGAGCUGAUCAAUUGGCUGGACCUGAAGGUGCUGCUCUGUUGGCUCAUACACAGGAGCUAGCACUGCGUCUGCAGGAGAAAUUGGACGAUAAGGACUGGAAGGUCCUGAACGUGCUCCAACGUACCGCGUCCCAAGUGGCUGCUCUAGAUAUGGGCUACAAGCCGGGCGUGGGCUCGCUGCUGAAGGACGCACGUGUGGUGUUCCUGCUCGGAGCUGAUGCGGGCGUGGUCAAUAGGGACGUCCUGCCUAAGGACUGCGUGGUCAUCUACCAGGGUCACCACGGCGACGCGGGCGCGUCCGCAUCGGACAUCGUGCUCCCGGGCGCGGCGUACACGGAGAAGCGCGGCACGUACGCGAACGCGGAGGGGCGCGCGCAGCAGACGCUGCCGGCCGUCACGCCGCCGGGGAAGGCGCGCGACGACUGGAAGAUCUUGCGUGCUCUAUCGGAAGUGCUAGGAUCCCGUCUCCCAUACGACAACCUGGACGAAGUCCGCGACCGGCUCGCGCAGAUCAGUCCCGCGCUAGUUGCUUAUGGAGAUGUGCAGGAAAACAACUAUUUCGCUCAAGCACGUGCGCUUGCGCAGGAUCUCAAGAAACCCGUAUCAGGCAAGUUGGACGUGCAACUCAAACAACUGGAAGAUUUCUUCAUGACGGACGCAAUCAGUCGCGCCUCACCAACUAUGGCCAAGUGCGUGCAAGCCGUGCUCAAGCAGAAGAACUCGCCGUAUUAAAGACAUAUUAUAAUAAUACCUUUAAUGUAUUAAAAACUUAUUUUUGGCGAUAAAUUUGUCGUGGAAAUGAGGUUUUACUAGCCCAAUUUAAUCGCAUUUUUGUCAACUUUUUAAGAUGUAUUGAAGUGUUUUAAUAUACGCUAAUGUUAUUGUAAUUAGAUUUCAUUAAAUAUGUUAUUUAAAUAAUACCCAUAUUGUAACACACUUAAUCUGUAUUUACGCUAGUUUUAAUAUAUUAAAGGUAUUCGUGUCAACAACGCUAACGAAUUGUAGAGAAAUUAUGUAUUAAUCUUCAUAAUCAAUCGUUGUGUAGAUUAAUUUCGCGUUUCUGCAAUCAUUUUUAUAAAGAAAUACUACAGAAAAACUUAGUCGAAUGGGCAUUCCUUUCUUGAUAUCAUUCGACUUCAUACAAUUUUGAACUUUAAUAAUAGAUGUUAUGGUUCAAAAUCAAAUGUGGCUAAGCUAGUAUAUUUUUAAUAGCUUUAACUAUAUUGGUUUUAAAUCAGAACAUUUAGUCCAUUAUUUAUUUCGUAAUAAAUGUAAGAUUACAGUGCAAAUUAUCUAAUUGUUAUUCAAAUCUUAGACAUCGGAAUGUAAGGACAGCAACAGGAAUAUGUAUGUAAGAACGGUUUUGUAAAUAUGCGUUUAGUAAAUAAAUGUAGUAUAACGAGA